AUGGCGUCGGACGGCAUGAUCCUAACCAACCACGACCACCAGAUCCGGGUCGGCGUCCUCACAGUGAGCGACAGCUGCUAUCGGAAUCUCGCUGAGGACCGCAGCGGCGUCAACCUGAAAGACCUGGUACACGACCCCGCCCUGCUCGGAGGAACCAUCGCAGCCUACAAGAUCGUCCCGGAUGAAAUCGAUGAAAUCAAGGAGACACUGCUGGACUGGUGUGAUGAGAAGGAGCUGAACCUCAUCCUGACCACCGGGGGCACCGGGUUCGCCCCUCGUGAUGUCACUCCAGAGGCCACCAAAGAGGUGAUCGAGCGAGAGGCUCCCGGAAUGUCUCUGGCCAUGCUGAUGGGAUCCCUGAACGUGACUCCACUGGGCAUGCUCUCCAGGCCGGUGUGUGGAAUCCGUGGAAAAACACUCAUCAUCAACCUGCCUGGAAGUAAAAAAGGCUCACAGGAGUGUUUCCAGUUCAUCCUCCCGGCCCUCCCUCACGCCAUAGACCUGCUGCGCGAGGCCGUCGUCAGGGUCAAGGAAGUGGCCAACGAGCUGGAGGACCUGCCCUCGCCCCCGCCCCCCCUGUCCCCGCCGGCCUCGCCCAGCCCCGCUCGGCGUCGCACCGAGGACAAGGGGGUGCAGUGCGAGGAGGAGGAGGAGGAGAAGAAGGACAGUGGCGUGGCCUCGGCCGAGGACAGCUCCUCCUCCCACAUCACCGCCGCCUCCAUCGCCGCCAAGAUCCCAGACUCCAUCAUCUCGCGGGGUGUGCAGGUCCUCCCCCGUGACACGGCGUCUCUCAGCACCACGCCCUCCGAGUCUCCGCGAGCUCAGGCCACCUCCCGCCUCUCCACCGCCUCCUGUCCUACACCCAAAGCGAGGCUCCCUUCCUCCUCCUCCACCCUAAGCAUAGCUGAGGCGUCUCGGAGAGAGUUCAGGGCCCACCUGGAUGAGGUCAUCACGCUCAAGUCAAGGUACUCUACCUUGGACCAGCUCCAGUGUAGGUUGGAGGUGCUUAAAGAUGAUCGAAGGAGCCACAGGACCUUCAGCUCUCGAGUGCAGUCGAGAUGCAGCAGCAAGGAGAACAUCUUACGAGCGAGUCACAGCGCGGUGGACAUCACCAAGGUGGCGAGGAGACACCGCAUGUCCCCGUUCCCCCUCACCUCCAUGGAUAAAGCCUUCAUCACUGUGCUGGAGAUGACUCCGGUCCUGGGCACCGAGAUUAUUAACUACAGAGAUGGAAUGGGUCGAGUUUUGGCUCAGGACGUUUAUGCCAAAGAUAACCUGCCUCCUUUUCCCGCCUCAGUGAAAGACGGCUACGCUGUGAGAGCUGCUGAUGGUCCUGGUGACCGUUUUAUUAUCGGAGAGUCUCAGGCAGGAGAGCAGCCCACACACACAGUGAUGCCCGGUCAGGUGAUGAGGGUCACGACCGGCGCUCCCAUCCCCUGUGGUGCUGAUGCUGUGGUGCAGGUGGAAGAUACAGAGCUGCUGAGAGAGUCUGAUGAUGGUACAGAGGAAUUGGAGGUGCGCAUUCUGGUGCAAGUGCGUCCAGGACAGGACAUCAGACCCAUCGGUCAUGAUAUAAAGCGAGGCGAGUGUGUUUUGGCUAAAGGAACUCACAUGGGCCCGUCGGAGAUCGGCCUGUUAGCCACGGUCGGGGUCACAGAGAUGGAGGUGCACAAGUUUCCUGUGGUGGCCGUGAUGUCGACAGGAAAUGAGCUGCUGAACCCGGAGGACGAUCUCCACCCGGGGAAAAUCCGCGACUCCAACCGCUCCACGCUGCUCGCCACCAUCCAGGAGCACGGGUACCCCACCAUCAACCUGGGCAUCGUCGGAGACAACCCAGACGACCUCCUGAACGCACUGAACGAGGGCAUCAGCCGCGCCGACGUUAUCAUCACCUCAGGGGGCGUGUCCAUGGGCGAGAAGGACUACCUGAAGCAGGUGCUGGACAUCGACCUCCACGCUCAGAUCCACUUCGGCCGCGUGUUCAUGAAACCCGGCCUGCCCACGACGUUCGCCACGCUGGACACGGACGGUACACGCAAGCUUAUCUUUGCUCUACCAGGUAGGGAUGGUGAGAGAUUUAUUGGUAGUCCAGUGUCAGCCGUGGUCACGUGUAAUCUCUUCGUUAUUCCCGCUUUGAGGAAGAUGCAGGGAAUCCUGGACCCCCGACCCACCAUCAUCAAAGCUCGGUUGUCCUGUGACGUGAAGCUGGACCCCCGUCCUGAGUACCACCGCUGUAUUUUAACAUGGCACCAUCAGGAGCCACUGCCAUGGGCUCAGAGCACAGGGAACCAGGUGAACAGUCGACUGAUGAGCAUGCGCAGCGCCAACGGCCUCCUCAUGCUACCUCCCAAAACAGAGCAAUACGUGGAGCUGCACAAGGGCGAGGUGGUGGACGUCAUGGUCAUAGGGCGGCUAUGAUGGCGCCGGCGCGGGGGCCGGACGGACGGAGGAGGGAGCGCGGAGCCGCGAGCGAGCCAGCGCGGCGGUUCACGGUGCAUGCCCACAUAUCAUCCACUAUCUCUGUAAUAUGCAAACGGCACAGCUAGUUUUUAUUGAUUUGGAUAACGUUGAAGCAUUAGUCGACAUCCCGAUCACCGAAAUCUACUCGAUACGUAUUUAACGACAAAAAAAA